AGGCUGCAGCCCAGCGUCAGCGCGGCGGCGCCCGCGUCGCCCCAACUUGCCCGCGCGGAGUGGCCCCAGACAUUUCCCUAAAAUGAGCGUGCUUAGCAGGAGGAGAUGUGUUCCUUACACUAGAAACCACUCCGUCACAUGUAGUGGUGUCCCAUUUAAUGGAUUCUGACAUGGAUUAUGAAAGGCCAAACGUAGAGACCAUCAAGUGCGUUGUAGUGGGGGACAACGCCGUGGGCAAGACCAGACUCAUCUGUGCCCGCGCCUGCAAUGCAACCCUCACCCAGUACCAGCUGCUGGCCACCCACGUGCCGACAGUGUGGGCCAUCGACCAGUACCGUGUGUGCCAGGAGGUGCUGGAACGCUCCCGAGACGUGGUAGAUGACGUCAGUGUCUCCCUGCGCCUCUGGGACACCUUUGGAGACCACCACAAAGACCGUCGCUUUGCUUAUGGGAGAUCUGAUGUGGUGGUUCUGUGCUUCUCCAUCGCCAACCCCAAUUCCCUCCACCAUGUCAAGACCAUGUGGUACCCAGAAAUCAAGCACUUCUGUCCCCGAGCACCUGUCAUCCUGGUGGGCUGCCAGCUGGACCUGCGCUACGCCGACCUGGAGGCUGUCAACAGGGCCAGACGACCCUUGGCUAGGCCCAUCAAACCCAACGAGAUCCUUCCCCCAGAGAAGGGUCGGGAGGUGGCCAAGGAGCUGGGCAUCCCCUACUACGAGACCAGCGUGGUGGCCCAGUUUGGCAUCAAGGACGUCUUUGACAACGCCAUCCGGGCCGCGCUCAUCUCCCGCCGCCACCUCCAGUUCUGGAAGUCCCACCUCCGCAACGUGCAGCGACCUCUGCUGCAGGCACCCUUCCUGCCCCCCAAGCCGCCACCCCCCAUCAUCGUGGUGCCUGACCCCCCCUCCAGCAGCGAGGAGUGCCCCGCCCACCUCCUGGAGGACCCGCUCUGCGCGGACGUCAUCCUGGUGCUGCAGGAGCGGGUGCGCAUCUUCGCCCACAAGAUCUACCUCUCCACCUCCUCCUCCAAGUUCUACGACCUGUUCCUCAUGGACCUGAGUGAGGGGGAGCUGGGGGGCCCCUCAGGGCCAGGGGGCGCCCGCCCAGAGGACCACCAGGGCCACUCCGAUCAACAUUACCACCAUCACCACCACCACCACGGGCGGGACUUCCUGCUUCGAGCAGCCAGCUUCGAUGUAUGUGAAAGCGUGGACGACGCCGGUGGCUCUGGGCCUGCCGGCCUCCGAGCCUCAACCAGUGACGGGAUCUUACGGGGCAAUGGAACAGGGUACCUGCCAGGCAGGGGCCGUGUGCUCUCUUCCUGGAGCCGAGCUUUUGUGAGCAUCCAGGAAGAGAUGGCAGAAGAUCCUCUGACCUAUAAAUCUCGGCUGAUGGUGGUGGUGAAGAUGGACAGCUCCAUCCAGCCAGGGCCCUUCCGGGCUGUUCUCAAGUACCUGUACACGGGGGAGCUGGACGAGAAUGAGCGGGACCUCAUGCACAUCGCACACAUUGCUGAGCUGCUUGAAGUCUUUGACCUGCGCAUGAUGGUGGCCAACAUUCUCAAUAACGAGGCCUUCAUGAACCAGGAGAUCACCAAGGCCUUCCACGUCCGCCGGACCAACCGGGUUAAGGAGUGCUUGGCAAAAGGCACCUUCUCAGAUGUGACCUUCAUCCUGGAUGAUGGCACCAUCAGCGCCCACAAGCCCCUGUUGAUUUCCAGCUGUGACUGGAUGGCUGCCAUGUUUGGGGGGCCGUUUGUGGAGAGUUCCACCCGGGAGGUGGUGUUUCCUUAUACAAGCAAGAGCUGCAUGAGGGCAGUGCUGGAAUACCUCUACACGGGCAUGUUCACCUCCAGCCCCGACCUGGACGACAUGAAGCUUAUCAUCCUGGCCAACCGCCUCUGCCUGCCGCACCUGGUUGCCCUCACAGAGCAGUACACAGUGACCGGGCUGAUGGAAGCGACCCAGAUGAUGGUGGACAUUGAUGGGGACGUCCUUGUGUUUCUGGAACUGGCUCAGUUCCACUGUGCACACCAGUUGGCUGACUGGUGUCUCCACCAUAUCUGCACCAACUACAACAACGUGUGCCGCAAGUUCCCCCGAGACAUGAAGGCCAUGUCCCCAGAAAACCAGGAGUAUUUCGAGAAGCACCGGUGGCCACCUGUCUGGUACCUGAAGGAAGAAGAUCACUAUCAGAGGGCCCGGAAGGAGCGUGAGAAGGAGGACUACCUCCAUCUGAAGCGGCAGCCCAAGCGGCGGUGGCUGUUCUGGAACAGUCCAUCCUCCCCGUCCUCUUCGGCCGCCUCCUCCUCGUCCCCGUCUUCCUCCUCGGCUGUGGUGUGAGAUGCCGCGCCCUCCUCUGACCCUGCUGCUGUUGUCCCCGUCCGCCCUCGCCCCUCCGCUCUUCUGCAUCACCCCCACCCCCCCACCUUACAGGGACAAGGGGACCCACGCAACCAGGACCCUGAGGGCAAAGCUGUUCUCACCAGCCACCCUGGCUCAGCCGGAGAGGAGCUGGACCCUGUGGACCAGGGCAGGAGCCCCCGUAGAGGUCCCCAGAUCCAAAGCUGCUGGGAGGUGGGGGUGGGGGAGGAACUAAGAGCUCUGGUGUUUUGUCUCUGGGUUUGAGGACCCUAGAGGCAGAAGGAAGAGCCCCGCCUCCUCCAGCCUGGGGGGGCUUCGCUGUGUGUCUUGAUUGCUGCUCUGUCCUCUGUCCGGGGAGGCGGACCCCUGCCAGUGAGCAGAAUUAAGCCUCCGGGGCCCUGCCCCUGUUGGCCAUGUGUUUCCACCAAUGGACCUGAGGGUUGCACAGGUUUCGUGGGCAUUACCACACAGUCUACUCAAAUCCUCACUGGAGAAGUCAGGGUAGAAAUUAAGCCUUCAGAGCCCAACUCGAGGCUUCUACAUCCUGGGGUGCAGCUGCAAGAGGCCAUGAGCAGAAAGGGCUGUGUCUUGCCAGUGUCUCUCCUUCGAGGGGCACAGGGGUUGUUUGGAGUGCCAGGCCCGGAAGCAGCACCUCUUGGUGCAACGAGAAACUUUCCCUUGCCCUUCCUUCUUCAGUCCUCAGGUUUGGCGGUGGGAACCAAAGGAAACAGCUGGGAGAGGUGGAGAAGGAAGGGGUGGGUGUCUUCACAGCAGUCCGUGCUUCUCUGGGCCCCUUCCC